CCGCAGUAGCCGGAGCCGCCGAGGCCGCUGCAGACGUGGCCGUCCGGGCUCGUUUUGUGGGGAGCCAGGCCCGAGUCUCUCCUUAAUGGCAUUGAACGGCUUCCAGCCCAAGGUUAGUGCGGGUCGGGCGGCGAGGUAGAGACGCGAGCAGAGAGCCGGCGGCCGACUUCUCCAGGGGUUAUUGUUUAACAGGAGACAACAUCAACAGCUAUGCAGAAUUCUACUCACAUGGAUGAGUACAGCAGUUCUAGCAAUGGCAAUGCAAGCAGUCGUUCUGAGGUAGCCAUAGAGCAGCCCACUGAUUUCAGUACUGAGAUUAUGAAUGUCAUAGAGAUGGAACAGUCACCUGAUGGCUCUCCUAAUGUGAAUGAAGAAAAUACAGAGGAAAAUGAAGUUUCAAGUGUAGAACUGCCAGUGACAGAUACUGAAGCACAAUUUCCUCCAGAAUAUGAAAAGUUUUGGAAAACUGUAGAAAGUAAUCUCCAGGAUUUUACUGGCUGGGUAUAUUUGCUGCAAUAUGUAGAACAGGAGAAUCACUUGCUGGCUGCCAGGAAAGCAUUUGACAAAUUUUUUACACACUACCCAUAUUGCUAUGGUUAUUGGAAAAAGUAUGCAGACCUUGAAAAGCGCCAUGACAACAUUAAACAAUCAGAUGAGGUUUAUCGGCGAGGGCUUCAGGCAAUACCUCUUAGUGUUGAUCUUUGGAUUCAUUAUAUAAACUUCUUAAAAGAAACAUUGGACCCAGAUGAUCCUGAGACAAAUAAUACAAUAAGAGGAACUUUCGAGCAUGCUGUUUUAGCUGCAGGAACAGAUUUCCGAUCUGACAGAUUAUGGGAAAUGUACAUAAACUGGGAAAAUGAACAGGGAAAUCUGAGAGAGGUUACAACUAUAUAUGAUCGUAUUCUUGGUAUUCCAACACAACUCUAUAGUCAUCAUUUCCAGAGGUUUAAAGAACAUGUACAGAAUAACUUGCCUCGAGAUCUUUUAACUAGUGAGCAGUUUAUUCAGCUACGAAGAGAACUGGCCUCUGUAAAUGGACACAGUGGUGAUGAUGGCCCCCCUGGUGAUGAUUUACCCUCUGGAAUUGAAGAUAUAACUGACCCAGCAAAGCUAAUCACUGAAAUAGAAAACAUGAGACAUAGAAUCAUUGAGAUUCAUCAAGAAAUGUUUAAUUAUAAUGAACAUGAGGUUAGCAAAAGGUGGACCUUUGAAGAAGGUAUUAAAAGACCUUAUUUCCAUGUGAAACCAUUGGAAAAGGCACAACUGAAAAACUGGAAAGAAUAUUUAGAAUUUGAAAUUGAAAAUGGAACUCAUGAACGUGUUGUUGUUCUCUUUGAAAGAUGUGUCAUAUCUUGUGCCCUCUAUGAGGACUUUUGGAUUAAGUAUGCCAAGUACAUGGAAAACCAUAGUAUCGAAGGAGUGAGACAUGUCUACAGCAGGGCUUGUACUAUACAUCUUCCAAAGAAACCCAUGGUUCACAUGCUAUGGGCUGCUUUUGAAGAACAGCAGGGUAAUAUAAAUGAAGCAAGAAGCAUUCUAAGAACGUUUGAGGAAUGUGUUCUAGGAUUGGCAAUGGUUCGUUUGAGAAGAGUGAGUUUAGAGCGUCGGCAUGGAAACAUGGAAGAAGCUGAGCAUUUGCUUCAGGAUGCUGUUAAGAAUGCCAAAUCAAAUAAUGAAUCCUCAUUUUAUGCUAUAAAACUAGCCCGACAUCUUUUCAAGAUACAGAAGAACCUUCCAAAAUCAAGAAAAGUGCUCUUGGAAGCCAUUGAAAGAGACAAAGAGAACACAAAAUUAUACCUCAACUUACUUGAAAUGGAAUAUAGUGGGGACCUCAAACAAAAUGAAGACAAUAUCCUCACCUGUUUUGACAAGGCUAUACAUGGUUCAUUGCCUAUUAAAAUGAGAAUUACAUUUUCUCAGCGAAAAGUGGAAUUUCUAGAAGAUUUUGGUUCUGAUGUGAACAAGCUUUUGGAUGCUUAUGAUGAACAUCAAAUACUUUUAAAAGAACAAGACUCUUUAAAAAGGAAAGCUGAAAAUGGGGCAGAAGAGCCAGAUGAAAAAAAAAUACACACAGAAGAUGCAACCUUAGCAUCUACUCAGAUGAUUGAUGGAGACAUCCAAGCUAACCAAGCUGCAUAUAAUUAUAGUGCCUGGUAUCAAGUAUGUGUAAAUAAUUCAGAUUUGGGGCUUUUUCUGCAAGAUCUAAUUUCUCUGAACUUUGUAUGUUUUCUACUGACUUAUGACAGUUAUGUCAGGGACCUAUGUAGUUACGUACAUUCCUGUUAGAUUGUAAACUUCCUGGGAAAAGGUGUCAUUUAAAUUUUUUUUUGUUAGUAUCCUCCACUAAAAGGAUAUUAGUACAGUGCAGAUACUGUAGUACCUAGCAUAUAAUAGGUGCUUAGUAAAUGCUGUUUUGAUCUGUUUUUUGUCAGUGUGGGAACUAAAUAAUGCAGAUUAUAACUCAUCUAUAAAUGUCUUAGAGUUAGACCUAGGAAAGUCAGAGGUGGGCUUUUGAAAUUUGCAUCUUGACUCCAACUCAAGUCCUUCUGCCAUGAUGGCUUUUCUUUGCAUGAUUCUUUUCCUGAUUCUGAGCAUAGGCCUUCCUUUGCUAAAUGUUUGGAGCCAUGGCUAAUUUUUUAGGGUAUUUAUUUUUUGGUUACUGAAUUAGGAGUAGAAAUACUUGAUUCCAGUACUACUGUGCUUAGAAAAAGCAGGAGAGUUAGCUAAAAGGAUAUUAUGUGCCUGAGAUAAUCUGUAAAAUGGCAAAGUUAAAAUUAGGUUUUCUUUAAAAAUUACAUAAUUUGGGUAAAUAACAAUGUAUUUCAUGAUAAAAGUAACCAGAUAACUGUGCUAAUUUGUUUUUUC